UUUCAUCGCCGUAGUUCUACAUCUUCUGUAGAACAAGACAUUGAGCAAGUCAUUCAACAGUGCAAUACACUCUGUCAUAGCAUGACUCAGCAUCAAUAUCAGUUCAUGCAUCCACCAGCAACACCAUGGUUAGAUGACAUGAUUGGCAGAGCAAAUGAAGUGUUAAAUGCUCUUUUAAGAUUAAGAAAGCGUCAGAUAGCAACUGAACAACACCACCAAGAACAACAAGACCAUCAUCCAAAUCGACAGCGUAAACGAGGUAAACGACCCCCUUUUCAAGGAAGAUGCCAUUCUUGUCAUAUCUCAGAAACACCUGAAUGGAGAAGAGGACCUGAUGGAGCACGUACGCUUUGUAAUGCGUGCGGUUUACAUUAUGCUAAAUUGACACGCAAACAACAACAAGAU